UAACAAAACUUUUAAGUCCAAUGGCUUUCGAGUUUGGUCACGACAGGGCAGCCAGUGGUAUAAUAUAGGCUAAAAUGGGUUUAGCCGUAGUUGAGAAGUGAAUGCUUUGAGUUACGCGGUUCUCGGUUAUGCGAAACCACUUUUUUUUAUUUUUUAAUCUUUUCUUUUUUCUUUUUCUUUCUUUUUCUUUUUCUUUUUGCUUUCGGUAUGCACAGCUUUGGCGACGUGGCCUUUUGUUCAGCCAGAAUCCUUUAAUUAAUUGCAUCGGGAUAGAACCGGAUCAACGUGCGGCAAGGGAAAGCCAUAUUCAUCUGGAGACUGACGGAAGAAACGAGACAUCGCGAUUCGGACUCAGGCAGUCGUCAGAGAUGAGGGAAAGAAACCUAGAUCACGGUCACAGGUAGUUAGAUGUUGUGGGGUUCCCUUCGAUGGAAGUAUGUAGAGUGAUUAACCGAUCGGCACGACUCUGCGUCUGGAAACACUGCCCUCGCGCGGUCACACUUUGGAAGUCAUAGCUAACUAGCCGGAAGUUGGCAGCGUUGUUGGUGUUGAAUCACUAAUACCUCCCAUUCGUCAUGUCAACCAGGUGUGAAAUAACAGACUGAGAACGGCAUGGUUGGGUGAAAAGGGCUUCAUCGUACGUGGCGGGACAAUGGGCAUAGGAAACAAUAUAAGUUUGACAAGUCAUGAGCCCAACCCCGUCGAAAUCAGAAUGAAUACACUCAGGA